AAACCCAUUUUAAUUCCAUCCCGAACAUGAUCCCUUGCCCCUUGGUGUUGAAUUUGCGGCAAAACUGCUUUGGAUACCCUGCCACUUAGCCCCCUAAAUUGCUAUGUUCUGUUCAACCCUGUUGAAGAUUAGUCAGAUACUCGCGGGGACAGAGUCGGUCACUACCCAUGAGGGAAUGUCCUUGUAUAAUUUUAAGUAUUAAUAUAGAAAUUAUUAAUUUAUACACAUUUUUAUGUUUUGGGUGGCAAAAACAAAGGAGCUGAAAAGCUAGAAAAAGCCAUGGGCUGUUUGACGCUUUUAGGCUGGAACUUCAGACCCGCUUCGCCACCCACCACACAUCUUCAGCAUAUUCAAGGGACUUCCUUCUAUUGCAAUAUUGCAUUUGUAUUUGUAGAUGAAAACACUUACACAAUCGAUUUCUUUUCUUUUUUAAGAAGAUCGCUCCACCAAAACCACCUCUUCUUUUUCUUUCCUGUAAUUUCUUAGUGGGUUUUUAGGGAUCUUAACUGGAUUUGAGAUUCUGCUGUGAAUUAUAACGUCUGAAUGGGUUCAUCGGAUCGCUUGUUUAACAGGCAAAGAACUGUUCAUGAGAUCUUUGGAGGAGGAUUUGUUGCAGAUGUGAUACUAUGGAGGCAAAAGAAUGUUACUGUUGGGAUAUUGUUAGUAGCUCUAGCUUCUUGGGUGGUGUUUGAGAGAUCGGGCUACACUCUAUUGUCACUUGUUUCUAGUGUUCUUCUCCUCCUUGUUACCAUUCUCUUUCUUUGGGCCAAAUCUGCUGCCAUUCUUAACCGACCUGCUCCACCUUUACCAGAGUUGCAUCUCUCAGAAGAAAUGGUAAAUGAAGUUGCAGCUUUCAUUCGCAGUCGCAUGAAUGCUUUUCUCUUAGUUUCCCAGGACAUUGCCCUGGGUAAGAACACAAAUUUGUUCUUUGAAGUAGCUGGAUACCUGUUGCUGAUAUCUAUUAUUGGUGGCUUAGCCGAUUUUCUUACUUUGGGUUACACCAGUCUUCUUAUCAUACUUACAAUUCCAGCACUCUAUGAGAGGUACGAAGGUAUUAUUGAUAAAUAUGCGAUGAUGGUAUACGAGAAAUCAAAGCAGUUGUAUGUUAAGUUUGAUGUAGAAUGUAUUCGAAAAUGGAUUUUGGAGAAGCAGAAACUCGGUUGAUUGCUUCUUGUUCUUUUCUUUAGCUUCCCGGAUAUCUUUUCAUGCUGAGAAUUGCUUGGGGUGGGCAUUAUGUUCUUAUUAAGUUAUGGGCGUGGUGAGAGAUUUUUUUUUUUUUCCCUUUUUUCUUUUGAAAACAAUUACAUCUAUUUUUAUAUCUAGAUUCCCUAUAUGUAGUUUCGUUGGCAUUGGUACAUAAAUGUAUAUGAAUAUUAAUUAGUCGAUGUUUUGUUUCUAAAUAUGUGGUAAAUUAUAUGAUACAUUUGGAGUA